GCGCGCCAGCGAUAAGGAGGGAACGGAACGGGCGAGAGGCAACCGGAGCCAUGUCGCCACCGCUGGAAGACGGACUCCUCCUCCGCCAGUCUUGUCCAGCGUGCUCGAGCGUGAAGUAAACAGCAGCAACCUCGCUUGUUGAUAUUGCCGUGCACGAGCCGUCUGCGGUGGCUGCCCUCGAGUCGACUCGAGUACUGCGGCGACGCUGGGCCUGCUGGGUUGCUGGUGGAGAGACGUGUCUCACGCACACUCGCCAGCGAUGCUGCGCUUAUUCCGAAGCAUCAGCAGAGGCCGCCGAGACAACGACAGGAACAAAGACGAGCCAUGGUACACGGCCUCCUCCCCCGAACGAUCGCGGCAUCGAGCAGUUGGCCAGAGACUGCUGGGCGACGAUAUCGAUUUUGACGACGACGAAGACGACAUCUCCCCGAGACAACGAGCCCAUGGCGGCUACUUCGAUCGACACGACAUCGACAACGACGAUCUUGAAGAGUCGGACGAUGAAGAGGGCGAAGAUGGGGACGCCGUCGAGACGCCACUGUUACCCAUCUUCUCAGCGGCGCACCUUGACCGGCUGCCACUGUACAACAUUACACACGCCCUGCGACUGUUGAUCGUGCAGAGAUGCGAGACCACACUGUCGUGGGAUCAGCUACGCAGCCCGCAAGUCAGCCAGUUCUUGGUGAAGCCCAUACAAAGCCAGAUCAGGGCAGACCACUUCAACAGAGCCACCCUCUGUGCUCUGCUCGCGAACUGCUUGCAGUUCCAGAAGGAGGGUCAGGUCACGCCUGGUAAUAUUGGAGUAUGUCGGACAAGGGCAUUGAUCAGCGAGCUCCUCGCCAUGCGACUGCUGAGGGAGUUUUCCACCCGCGAGUUGAUCGACUCGUUGUCCUACGACUUCGAUCCCCUCCAAGGCAUGGAGACGCCUGUUGCUGCCGCAGUACGAAGGCCACAAGGUAGGUUGGCAAGAGUGAGUACGAUUGAGAUUGCCAUUCGUGCCGAGGCGAAGCGCUUUCUGGCACAUCCACUCGUCGUGCAGCACCUCGAGGCCAUUUGGGCAGGCAACAUUGUCUUCCACUCCGAGGCGGAUAACCUGCAUCGCAAGCAGCGUCAGCCAAACUCGCAGAGCAGAGGUCGUCCGGUCGGCUAUGGUACGACAGGGGCAGGAUCAGAACUGCCAGCCGAUGCAGUCCUGUCGAGGAAGGCACAUACCAGCAAGCAGAUCAAAACGCCCCCCGAACAGCCGACGUUUCGAAGGACAGUCACCCUAUACAACCCGCGCGAUGCAUCUUUGUUCAAGCUAAGUCGACUGCGAGUGCCGCGAUAUCGGCAGAUUUUCACUACGCUCUCCUUCGCAGCCAUGCUCACCUUAUUCAUCCUUGUGCUUGCCGACCGAAGCAUUGAGAUUACUGCCUUGGAAGUGCUCUUCUGGUUCUGGAGCAUUGGAUACAUGUUGGACGAAGUUGUUGGCUUCACCGAGCAGGGCUUUGGACUCUACAUCCUCAGCUUUUGGAAUGCAUUCGACCUCGGCAUCCUAUUCCUCUUCGGCGUCUACUACGUGUUGCGACUGUAUGGAAUUGUCCUUGCCGACAGUGGAAGACACAGGAUCGCUGGCGUAGCCUACGACGUCCUUGCAUCGACUGCCAUCCUCCUGUUCCCUCGCCUGUUCAACGUUCUGGACCACUACCGUUAUUUCUCGCAGCUACUCAUCGCGUUCCGAAUGAUGGUGCAGGAUCUGAUGGCCGUCUUGAUACUGAUUGUCAUCUGCUGUUCCGGCUUCUUCGUCGCCCUUUCUCUGUCAUUUGCACCAGAAGGGACGAGUGCAACUGACGUCGUAUACGCUCUGUUCCAGAUUCUGAUGGGCUUCACGCCCACUGUGUGGGAUCACUGGGCAGAGUACAACGUGCUCGGCAGAACGAUCCUCGCUAUUUUCUUGACCAUCUGUCACUUCCUCAUUGUGACGAUUCUCAUCACGGUCUUGACCAACAGCUUCAUGGCGAUCGUCAAGAACGCCGAGGAAGAGCAUCAGUUCUUGUUCGCGGUCAACACAAUCUCCAUGGUUAAAUCCGAUGCGCUCUUCAGCUACAUUCCGCCGACCAAUGUCAUAGGCUGGGCGCUGAGUCCUCUGCGCUACCUGGUGCCAUUGCGCCAGUACGUCAAAGGCAACAGAACAGUUAUCAAGAUCACCCACGCUCCUAUCUUGUUCGUCAUAUUUCUGUACGAGCGAGUAUUCAUGUCACGCAGUGGCUAUGCGCCCGUGGAAUUGAUCGAACGACGCGAGGUCGACCAUCGCAAACCAGCCGCAUUCAGCUCGCGACCAGAGCCGUAUGCUACUGCGGGUCGUCUCAGGGAGCCUUCGGUAGUCAGCUUCCGCAAGGAUCGUGCCCUCGAUGAAGUUUUCAGGAGACCGUUCAGAGGAGACACAAUUCGCACGACUACCAGAGAAAUGGAAGUCGAUCGAAACGGACAGGAAAAUGCUGUCGAUCGGUGGAUGCUACAUGCCGAUAACGAAGGUGGCGCCAGUCCGCCCAUUGAACAGCCUAGGAGCGUACUCGAGCGCUUGGAAUACCGGCGACCUAAGAUGAAGCGUGCCAACACCGGCGAUCGUCUCAGGAUGAUGAAGCCGUCGAGAGACUUCUCAACAGCUACUCGCAGCAUCGCAAGUGAUGGUCACCAGAGGUCUAUUUCCAAGAGACCGCAUCGGAUCGUCGAGGAAUCAGAAGAUAUCGAAGAAGGCACAGAUACUCUGCCACAUGACACUGAAGCUGACGGCGAUGACGAGAUCAACGAUGAAUCAGAUGCCAAUACCCCGGCUCUCGGCGAAAGCGCAAUUUCCAUCAAGGAAGCUAGAACUCCUGCUGAUGAAAGCGAAUCUGAAUACUUCCAGACACCUCUGGGGGCCAACUCGCCUUUACUCCAAAUGUCGCAUGCCGCACGAGCUCGCACGUUGCAAUACUCGCCGGAGAUCACGAGAGGCAGUGGAAACCGCAUCGGUGUUUCUGCCAGGCCAUCACGUAGCCAGCAUGACCGGCAAGCCUCGAGUGCAACCAUCCUGUUCGCGCCUCAAGUGAAUUAUGAUUCGUCAGUAUCAAACCAGAAGCCAUCGCGAGGUACCACAACCAAGACCAGUGGUGGAGUCAACAAAACGUCCGCCAUCGACCCUUCAUCAAGCCUUCAGGUACCAGGCACGCGAACUCCCAAACGAGGCAUGACACAGCCUACCAAAGCUCGGCCAAUCAUGCCGACUCGACAGCAGACAGCGCCCAACUUUGCAAAUACUGCCGGUCUUAGCUUUUUGGACAGACCACGGCCACGAGUGACAUCUUUCAACGCGCGUGCGUUAGACCUGGCCAGCGAGAUUGGCGACAACAAAUUCACUGGUGCGCCUGGGAUUGAUGCUGGAGGUAUUGACGGAAUGCCUGCUUCGUUCAGUGAGCAGCUGAUGCGUGAGCAACAUCUUCGUCGACAGGCGGAGGAGGAUCGCCGACGUAGUGAGGAGGAAGAGAAGGGCAUGGUAAACCGCAUCAUGCUGGCGAGAAUGCACACGCUUGAAGAAGGCUUCCGAGAAGUGUUGAAAGAGAUCAAAGACAUGAGCCAACAGACGAACUCCUCGAGGAGGGAAAGUGAGGCCGACUCCGGUGGCGCGCCGAAACGGACUGGCCAUAAAAAGACUGCAUCCAAGACCAACAUGGAAGUUCGAGACACUGCCAUUGGAGGACAAGGAUGGUCAACGCCGCGAAAUCCCAUCGCGAUUGGCCGCAUUGGAGGGAACGAAAAGAGUAAGAAAUCCAGCCCAGGAAAAAAAAUUGCACGAGGCAAUAGCAAACGAGGGAAGGAGUAUGAGUUUCGACCAGGUAGCAGUGGUCGGCAGACAGGUGCUCCGACCACUAUUUCCAGCGGCAGCGAAUUGCAGCAAUCUCACGAGCAGCUGCAUGCUCUAGCACGCGAAGCACAGCCCGAUGAGGAGGGCACCAGUCCGCAAUCUGUUCGGAGUGUGAUCGAGAUUCAACCGAAGAUUGAAGAGCAUGAAGAAGACAAUGCCGGGGAGAGCGCUUCUGCUCGACCUGCUACUGCGCGUCCGACUACGGCGAUACAUGAUGAUGAGCUUAUUGAUCUUGGAAGGAGGAGUGAACGAGAUGAAGAGUAGACAGGGUUGGAAAACUGUACGACUACAACGACGAUGAAGGAUGUUCGAUUUUGCGAAGCGAGAAACGAUUGAGUGAGAUGAUACAUUAGAGCUUUGCGUUCGGCGAGUGCGGUUUUGUGCUUGUGCUUUUGGGCGACGGUUUGCAUUUAGCGGCAUCAGCAUCAGCUUUUUCGGCGUUUGAGCAUUUUUGCUGUAAUUGAUAUUGACAGGGAUUGUUCAAAGGUGUGAACGGCUUCGUUGGUAGAGGUUUUAAUGGCAUUGCAUUGUUUCCCG